GGAUGAGGCAGCAGCAUCAGCACCACUAGCUGUAGCAUCCUCUCCCUUUGUGGAGGUGUGGGGAGGGGGGGGCUGUCUUUUAGCUGCUGCAGGAUCAACAUUCUCUGCAUACACAGAACUAUCUGCUCACCUCGUCACACACUCACACACACAUGUCGUGGUGGCAAGACAGGAGGAGGAGGUAGUGGUAAGUGACGGGGGAAGCUCAGGGGACAGAGGGACGCAGGGAGAGGAAACAGGGAACAGUGGGAACCUGAGGAGGGCUGGAGCGACGGCAACUUCAGCAGCAGCAGCAGCAGUAGCAGCGGCACCAUGGCACAAGCUGCCAAGCAGCUCCGCAAGACCAAGGACCUCGCAGAGGCCGCCGCCCAGGAGCAGAGGGAGAAGGAGGAGAAGAAGAUCAAAAAGAGGAAUCGAUCAAGAGACCGCAGGCGCAAGGCGGAUGCUGCCACCAGCUUCCUGCGUGCUGCUCGUUCAGGGAACCUGGAUAAGGCCCUGGAUCACAUCAAGAACGGGAUUAACAUCAACACUGCUAAUCAGAAUGGUCUUAACGGGUUACACCUGGCCUCUAAAGAGGGUCAUGUCAAAAUGGUUUUGGAGCUGCUACACGCUGGAAUUGAGCUGGAAGCGACAACGAAGAAAGGGAACACUGCUCUCCAUAUCGCGGCUCUGGCAGGGCAGGAGAAAGUGGUGGCUGAGCUCGUCAACUAUGGUGCCAACGUUAAUGCCCAGUCACAUAAAGGCUUCAGUCCACUCUACAUGGCUGCACAGGAGAACCAUUUAGAAGUGGUCAAGUUUCUGCUUGAAAACGGUGCAAAUCAGAGUCUCCCAACUGAGGAUGGCUUUACACCUCUAGCAGUGGCCCUUCAGCAGGGCCAUGAAAACGUUGUGGCGCUGCUCAUCAAUUAUGGCACAAAAGGGAAGGUCCGCCUCCCGGCCCUUCACAUAGCUGCACGGAACGAUGACACUCGCACGGCUGCUGUCCUUCUACAAAACGACCCAAACCCUGAUGUACUUAGCAAGACUGGCUUCACCCCGCUGCAUAUUGCAGCUCACUAUGAAAACAUGAGUGUAGCUCAGCUGCUGCUGAACAGAGGAGCAAAUGUAAACUUCACCCCAAAGAAUGGAAUCACACCUCUCCAUAUAGCCUCCAGGAGGGGCAAUGUGAUGAUGGUCAGAUUACUGUUGGACAGGGGAGCUCAGAUCGAUGCCAAAACAAAGGAUGAGCUGACUCCUCUUCACUGUGCAGCCCGGAAUGGUCACGUUCGCAUUAUUGAAAUCCUCCUGGAACACGGUGCUCCCAUCCAGGCUAAAACUAAAAAUGGUCUGUCCCCAAUUCACAUGGCAGCUCAGGGGGAUCACAUGGACUGUGUCAGGCAGCUACUGCAAUACAACGCUGAGAUUGAUGAUAUCACAUUGGACCAUCUAACCCCACUUCAUGUAGCAGCCCACUGUGGUCACCAUCGAAUGGCCAAAGUUCUACUGGACAAAGGAGCCAAAGCUAACGCUCGUGCUCUGAAUGGCUUCACACCUCUUCAUAUCGCUUGCAAGAAGAACCACAUGAGAUCAAUGGACCUGCUGUUAAAGCACUCUGCUUCUUUGGAAGCUGUCACAGAGUCUGGUCUCACCCCUCUCCAUGUAGCAGCAUUCAUGGGCCAUCUAAACAUAGUAAAGAACCUGCUCCAAAGAGGGGCUUCACCUAAUGCUUCCAAUGUGAAAGUGGAGACACCCCUCCAUAUGGCCUCCAGAGCAGGACACUGUGAAGUGGCUCAGUUCCUACUACAGAAUGCAGCACAAGUUGAUGCAAAGGCAAAAGAUGACCAGACACCACUACACUGUGCGGCUCGUAUGGGCCACAAGGAAUUGGUCAAGCUGCUCCUGGAGCACAAGGCUAACCCUGACUCGGCAACGACUGCUGGUCACACGCCCUUACACAUCGCUGCACGGGAGGGACAUAUCCACACCAUACGGAUAUUAUUGGAUGCAGGAGCGCAACAAGUCAAGAUGACAAAGAAAGGUUUCACUCCUCUACAUGUAGCUUCUAAGUAUGGAAAAGUGGAUGUAGCGGAACUUCUUCUAGAAAGAGGUGCAAACCCAAAUGCAGCAGGGAAAAAUGGUCUGACACCCCUUCAUGUGGCCGUGCAUCACAACAACCUGGAUGUUGUUAAACUUCUGGUCAGCAAGGGAGGAUCUGCACACAGCACUGCCCGAAAUGGUUACACUCCUCUGCACAUAGCUGCCAAGCAGAACCAGAUGGAGGUGGCCAGUGUUCUGCUUCAGAAUGGAGCAUCCCCAAAUGCAGAGUCCCUCCAAGGCAUCACGCCCUUACACCUGGCCGCACAGGAGGGGCGGCCUGAUAUGGUGGCUCUGCUUAUCUCCAAACAAGCAAAUGUAAACCUAGGAAACAAGAAUGGGCUGACUCCCCUGCAUCUUGUAGCUCAGGAGGGUCAUGUAGGCAUCGCAGACACUUUGGUCAAACAGGGCGCGUCGGUCUAUGCAGCUUCACGGAUGGGAUAUACUCCCAUACAUGUGGCCUGCCACUACGGCAACAUAAAGAUGGUGAAGUUUCUUCUGCAGCAGCAGGCUCAAGUGAAUGCCAAAACAAGGACGGGCUACACCCCUCUGCACCAGGCGGCUCAACAGGGCCACACAGAUAUUGUCACCCUGUUACUAAAACAUGGAGCCCUCCCCAAUGAAAUCACAUCACUCUUCUGUAUUUUGCUAGAAGGAUGCCUCAUGAGGAGAAUCAAAGGAGUUUGCCAGCUAACUCUAGGAGAUGAACUGCUCGGUAUGGAUGGAGCACGCUAUUUAAAACUUGAUGACUUCAAAGACCAGGAUGAUGACUUUCUUUCUCCAAAGAAAACUCUCAGAGAUUUUGACAGUGGCACGGGUACAACGCCAUACUCUCCUGCUAUUCCCAGGAUUCCCUGUGUCUCACCAGAGACAGUGCAGCUUGACCAGUACACGCCCAUCCCUUUACCAAAGGAGUAUGAUGAGGAUUCGCUUAUCCCGAGCAGUCCAGCUACUGAAACCUCAGAUAAUGUCAGCCCGGUGGCCAGCCCCAUUCACACUGGGUUCCUGGUGAGUUUUAUGGUGGAUGCACGCGGAGGCUCCAUGCGAGGAAGCAGACACCACGGCUUGCGGGUGAUUAUCCCUCCGCGAACCUGUGCCGCACCGACUCGCAUCACCUGUCGUCUUGUUAAACCACAGAAACUGACAACGCCUCCUCCGCUGGUGGAGGGGGAGGGCCUGGCUAGUCGGAUCAUUUCCCUGGGGCCAUCCAGUAUGCAGUUUCUGGGGCCUGUUAUUGUUGAGAUCCCCCACUUUGCCUCACUGGCACGUGGAGACAGAGAACUAGUGGUCCUCCGAAGUGAAAACGGCUCAGUCUGGAAGGAACAUCGCAACCGCUAUGGAGAUGAAGUGCUGGAAACAAUUUUGAAUGGCAUGGAUGAAGACUUAGAGAGUCAAGAGGAAUUGGAGAAGAAGAGAAUACGUCGAAUCAUCUCUACCGACUUCCCCCUCUACUUUGCUGUUGUCUCUCGCGUUCAACAGGAAAGUGAUCUUAUUGGCCCAGAAGGCGGGCGUCUCAUCAGUAAGCUGGUUCCCCAUGUGGAGGCCAUCUUCCCAGAGACUGCCGUCACCAAGAGAGUGCGGCUGGGAUUGCAGGCACAACCAAUCCCUGAUGAACUGCUAACUAGACAGCUUGGGAACCAAGCAACCUUCAGCCCAGUGGUUACAAUCGAACCUCGGCGACGCAAGUUUCACCGUCCAAUUGGACUGCGCAUUUCUUUACCCCCAUCCUGGAAGGAAAGCCCACGGGAUGCUGGCGAAGGAGACACCACCAGCUUGCGCCUCCUCUGCAGUGUCAUAGGUGGAACAGCUCCAGCUCAGUGGGAGGACAUCACUGGAACCACCAAGCUGAUGUAUGCAAAUAAUUGUGCCAGUUUUACCACCAACGUGUCUGCAAGAUUUUGGUUGGCAGAUUGUCCGCGCACAGCAGAGGCAGUUACUUUUGCCAACCUGCUGUAUAAGGAGCUAAUGGCAGUCCCGUAUAUGGCGAAAUUUGUUAUUUUUGCAAAGAUGAAUGAAGCACGGGAAGGCAGAUUGCGUUGCUACUGCAUGACGGAUGAUAAGAUGGACAAGACUCUAGAACUGCAUGAAAACUUCACAGAAGUGGCCCGCAGUCGAGAUAUAGAACUUAUGGAGGGCAUGCCGCUGCACCUGGAGUGUUCUGGAAAUUUGGUUCCCAUUCGGAAGGCCACACAGCAACCUCGUAGCUUCAGCUUCCAGGCCUUCAGAGAUAACAGACUGCCUGUGUCUGUCAAGGUCAGGGAUAGCAACAAGGAAGCCACUGGGUUUCUGUCUUUUCUGAGGAAAUGCACAAAGUAUGAGGACUCGCAACAUGUCCUCUGCAACCUUAAUAUAACUAUGCCACCUUGUGUCAAGGUUGCUGGUAGCGAAGAACGAAGACGAACUUUAACUCCUUUGGCCCUAAGAGAGCGCUACAGUGCACUAAAUGAGCCUGGUGUGGCUUCAGUCAACGCCAUGGAGAGGACGGAAAUCAAAAUCCAUAUUAUUUCUGAUCAGCUGGGUUUAAGCUGGGCAGAGUUGGCACGAGAGCUUCAGUUCAGUGUUGAUGACAUCAACAGGAUCCGUGCAGAAAAUCCAAACUCACUGUUUGACCAGAGCUCUGCCCUCCUCAACCUGUGGGUCAGCAGAGAGGGUAAAAAGGCCAAAAUGGAGAGUCUGUACACAGCUCUUAAGAACAUUGACCGUGCAGACAUCGUAUCUUCUCUAGAGGGUCAGCCCCCACAGCAGGGGCCUGGGAUGUCAGAAGAGGGUGCCUGUCGUCUGGCUGACAGAGACUCAACAUUGCUGUCCCCCAGUGUCCUUAAUGGUUAUGGGCUGGUGCAGGAGGAACUUGUGUCCCCGGCCUCCAUGCAGUACAGCUUGCCCUCUCCAUUGGGUGUGGAACCAUACUGGCAGGAAGUUUCCAGCCUGGAGUGUGCACCUAUUGCCACCACGGAAGAAGACACUUUAAUGGAGAUGUCGGAUGUUCAAGUGUGGCCAGCAGGGGUUAGCCCCUCUCUGGUCACCGUUGAGGAUUCGUCGCUAGAUGGUAGCAGUCGAGCCGAUGACUCUGAGGGUGCCACCCUUUCAUUGCCCUGCAGCUUGGGUCACCCAAGCAGUGGAGCCAGUGGGGCCAGUGGUUCCAUAAUGGAGCUGGAAGAAGAGGAGGAGGAGGAGGAGGAGGAAGGGGAGGUUGAGGAGGAGGAGGUACCACAAGAGCCAGCAAGUGCACUGGCAGAAUGGGACAGGGUGAGGGCCAGUGGCGCUGUUCCCAAAGUCAAUCUGAAUGGGCAACUGGGAGGUCAGAGGUCAGAUGCAAGGAGAUGUGUUGCUGUGGAAGUGGGAGGAGGAAGUAAAGGAGUAGCUGGAGGUGUGGGGCUGGGUUCAGUGGAAGGGAUUUCUCUUGUUACAGGCCAGCAGGUGUAUGCCCAGCAUGGUGAGGUUACUGGGCUAGAUCAGCCACCAGAACACAACGGGGACAACCGGAUGGUGGGAGGAGGUGCGUUUCAGCCAUACUUGCCAGACAAGGACUCCCUGCAGGGCUGGGUGGGCUCGGUAUCAUCAGGAUACGACGGAAGCGUGCCAGGCUUGCAUACAGCGCAGGAGGCCCUACUGACUCCGAAAGAAGAAGGCGUGAAGAAGGAAGACUUUUCAGCGGAGGCAAAGAUUGUUGAGGAGCGCGGAAUCGCGCUUUCAAGAAAAGACCGGAAACCCACUGCCAAAACACCUACCACAAAAACACGACCAGAAAGAAGAUGGAAAUGAAAAAUGAAGAGGAGAAAAAGAUGAAAAACAAAACAAAAAAAACAUGCAAGGACAAAGAUGCAAGGACAACAGAAAUAUCCUCAACCUGUGAUCACAAAGCACCACAAAACAAAAGAAGACAAAAACAAAAAAGAGGAGUUGAACUUGUAGUUUUAUAACAUUUGUAAAGAAAACUAUAACUAAACAAAAGGCAUGAUGAUUCAUUUUUAUACAAAAAAAUAUAUAAAUGUUCGUAAGACAGCUAAAAAAAAAAAGCAACAAAGUGCUUCCUGUGAACUGUAAUCGCAUGAUAACUGCUGGUGCAUGCCCUUUGACCUUUUGAACUGUCAUUAUCUACAAACUGAAGGAGUACAAACUGAAGCUACAGGUGCCAGCCUGUGCAGGGGUGGUUACAGGCAGUCCCUUUUAAAAGGGCCUCCUGUCCCCUAAAUGAAGCAGUGUGGCAGCGAGUUGAGUCCAUUACCAGUGCAGCCAAAAA